AUGCUGCCGAGCUUUGGGGCGGAAGGCGCCUGCUGGCAACGGCCAGCACCACCGGGGCCGCCGGGCGAGGAGCGGUUCCGGCGUCACGUGGGCAUCAUCAACGUGCGGCCCGUGGGCAACUAUGCCAUCCAGAAUGCCGGCAUUCCUCACGCGCGUAGAAUCGAGUUCGACGAUCUGCACGACACGGGCAUCUACUCGUGGGACUACCUGCACCACCUGGGCUCCAACAAAUUCGCCCUCAUGAAGCAUCCCGGGAACCUCAGGUAUCUGCGGCGGCUGCAGGCCGCGGGCAAGUCGCGGGAGCCCGCCACCCGGACCCGGCGCACCUCGCGUCCCCCGGCCACGACGACGUCCGCGCCGGCCGCGCCUGCGCAGGUCUGA